UCCAGGGUUCAGGACCCCCACCUAACUGACCCUGCACUGCCGUCUGCAGGAGGAGCGGCCCCCCUACCACCGCCACAAGAAGGGGGGCUCCGUGGGCAGCGUGUGCUACCUGUCGAUGGGCAUGGUGGUGCUGCUCAUGGGCCUCGUGUUCGCCUCCGUCUACAUCUACAGAUACUUCUUUCUCGCUCAGCUGGCCCGAGACAACUUCUUCCACUGCGGCGUCUUCUACGAGGACUCCCUGUCCUCCCAGGCCCGCACGCGGAUGGAGCUGGAGGAGGACGUGAAGAUUUACCUCGAAGAUAACUACGAGCGCAUCAACGUGCCGGUGCCCCAGUUUGGUGGCGGCGACCCUGCAGACAUCAUCCACGACUUCCAGCGGGGUCUGACCGCCUACCAUGACAUCUCCCUGGACAAGUGCUAUGUCAUCGAGCUCAACACCACCAUCGUGCUGCCCCCUCGCAACUUCUGGGAGCUCCUCAUGAACGUGAAGAGAGGUACCUACCUGCCACAGACGUACAUCAUCCAGGAGGAGAUGGUGGUCACAGAGCACGUCAACGACAAGGAGACCCUGGGCUCCUUCAUCUACCACCUGUGCAACGGGAAGGACACCUACCGGCUGCGGCGCCGGGCAACUCGGAGACGAAUCAACAAGCGUGGGGCCAAGAACUGCAACGCCAUCCGCCACUUCGAGAACACCUUCGUGGUGGAGACGCUCAUCUGCGGGGUGGUGUGAAGGCCUCCCCGCCCUCCCGGUCCCACCCCUGCCUCUCCUCUUUUCUCUUCCUGCCACUCUCUGGCCUUCCUUCCCCUCUCUUAGCUUGUACUUUGGACGCCAUUCCAUAGAUGUGACGUGCCUCCCUGUUCCCAUCAAGCCCUGCCCUCUCCCUGUCCCAGAGCCAUGACCUCUCAAGGCCCCCACCUCCGCUGACGUCCCGGGCCUGGGGGACAGAGAGGGCGCCCUGAGAUGGUGUCUGUGACCACCAUCUUAAAGUGGGGUCCUCUGGGGAGGACUGGAUGGAGGGGCUGGGCACGUGGGGGUCUUGGGCUAGGGGAUAGGGUGUGGGGAGGGGUGUGGCGUGGGGUUCAGGAAUGUCUGCACAGUUGGGAAAGUCCUGAAGGCUUUUUUCUUGGAUGGCACACUUCCUCCUGUGUCCCAGCUCCCGGGACUGGGCUGAGGAUGGGGGACUGUGCCAGGGAGGGACCCAUCAGAGCACAAGGGAAGAUGGUUGUCAGUGCCUUCAGCCCACCAGAGGGAGCCUGGAGCCUGGGGGUGGGACUGAGUUUGUCAAGCACAAUCGUUCUCUGAGUGGAACCAAAGAGGGAGGAGCCAGGGCCCCCAGCGCUGGCCCCCCAGGAGCAUGGUAGGGUCCCACAGGCAGAGCCUCGCUGGAACAGGGCAGAGGAGGGUCGCUUCCCCCCCUGUCACUGUGGGGCUGAGCGCAGCACUGACUCGCCAAGUGGGUGGGGGCUCCUGGCUUCCUCCAAGCUUAGAACUGUUGUAGAAGAUCAUGUGGAGGGGAGGGAGAGCCACCUGGUACCUGCACACCCUGCCUCCUCUUUGUUCUGAAAUCCGUCCCCCUCUGCUUUGGGGGAAUGCACCAUUUUUCCUUUUCCUCCUCACUUUUGCAUGUUUUACUGAUCAUUCCUUAUGCUAACCCCUCUGAGCCCUGAGCCUUGAAGAGGAGGCUUCAACGCCUCCAGUCAGGCUUGGGUGCUCCCUGGAGAUGAAACUCUUAAACGCUUUGUAUAUUUUCUCACUUAGAUUUCUUUUCAGAAGUGUCUGUAGAACAAUAAAAAUCUUUGACUUCUGA